UGACCGCUUGACGUUUGACGAGUUCAUCUGCUCUGCUUGAUCUGCGUAUAAAGCGUCGUCUAUAGUUUGUUUUAUUUAAAAAAAGAAAAGAAAAACAGCCUUGUUAAGCAAUUAUAUAUUCACAAGUGUAACGGAGCUUGUAAUAAAGGAUAGCGGAGAAGUAAUAUGGGUAUAGAAAACAUGCGUCGCUGGCCAAUGUACAUUGUUUUCGCUGUAUGUAUUUUACUCACCCUUUCACUACUCAAUAGUUGGAGUUCAGAGACAGAAUUACAAAACAGAAUUGGCGAAUUAGGUGCACAGCUACAAGAAUGUUCAAGACAGCAAACAUCGUGUAUGGAAGAAUCACUACGGUAUCAGCAACAACGAGACAUAUACAAUACGAAAGUAAGCGAUUUAGAAAGUGCGAAAAUGAAAUUAAACACCAAUUAUUCAGAGUUAAAGACUAAAUUAGCGAAGUCUGAGAUACAAGUGAAUAGGACUCUAGUCGAUGUGGAAUUAUGUAAAACGGAAUUACAAUCUCUCAAAAACUUGCAAGUAAGUAAGUCAGCUAUAUUAGAAACUCUAAGGUUGGAGAAAGAAACGUUGACAGCGCAGUUAGAAGAAAGAAAGAAUAGGAUUGAAGAUUUGGAGAGAGAAAUUAAUAAACUUAAAUCGGCUAUGACUACAAAGAGUGCUCCAAACCCUGCAGUGUCAUCCAAAGUGACUCCAGCGGCACAGCCUCCAAAACUUAGCUCGGCUCUCAAUGUUAAUAAUCCUAUUAAUGAACCUGUACUAGAAAACAAUGCUAAGGAAGAUAUUGAAGAUCCGAGUGCAUUAAAUGACGUAGACAAUUUUGAACAGUAAUAAGUUUUAUCUGUUAAUGUAAGAUACCAAAUCGGAGGCCUCACAGUUGUGAUAUCUUCAUCCUGUUGUCCACUCUGAGUCUGCCCAAGGUACAUUUGAUAUAAAUAUCCAUGUACAAUUAUACUUAGAGCAGUUUUGAUAUUUUUCAUUUUUUCAUGUUCAUGUUUAUAGUUGUAUUGUAUAUU